AUGUCAAACUUUGAAGAGGUCCGCACGGACGACUACCCCCAGCUCAGUCGUCCAUUUGAGUCGAUGAAACCAGACUACGACGUCGUGGUUGUCGGAUCUGGUUAUGGAGCUGGCGUUGCGGCAAGCCGAAUGGCUCGGGCUGGGAAGAGUAUCGCAGUGCUAGAGCUGGGCUGGGAAAGAAGAUCCGGUUCUUUUCCUCAUACUCUCUUCCAGUGCUUGGGGGAUAUGAACAUUUCUGGAACCUCUGCGAAGAAUUCCAAUGUUUCAAGAUGGCUCUCGUCUGCAAAACCGACGCGGCUCUUCCAACUGGUGCUCGGCGAUGGCCAGCAUGCUUUCGUUGCUCAUGGACUCGGAGGAUGUUCACUCAUCAAUGCCGGAGUCUUCCUUGAAGCCGACGAAAGAACACUACAAAUGAGUCCAUGGCCGCCAGAAAUCAGAAAACACCCUUCAGCGCUCCGAACCUACUACUCACGCGCGGCAACUAUGCUGCAACCCUCCGCAUAUCCAGAGGAUCAUCCACGCCUGAACAAGUUAGAGCAUCUUCGAGAGCAGUCAAGAUGGCUGGGCAAAGGACAGAGUUUCUAUCGAGUGCCGCUAACUACGUUCUUUCACGGCGGCCGCAACAACGCGGGCGUUGCGAUGCAGGCAAAUAGCGGAUCCGGUCACGAGUGCACCGGUCUUAACGAUGGGUCGAAAAACUCGGUGGCCACUACCUAUCUUGCGGAUGCAUGGAACUGGGGCGCGGAGAUCUUUUGCGGAUGUGAGGUGCGAUUUGUAGAAAAGGCACCCGGAAAGGGUUACAUUGUAUACUUUGCCUGGCACGGAAGCGGGAGGUCGGUGUUCAACGAGGAUUUCAAGGAGCAGCUUUUCUGGGUUAAAGCCAAUGAACUAUGCUUCCUUGCAGCAGGUGCUUUAGGCACUACUGAAAUUCUGCUCCGCUCGAAGGAGCGCGGCAUGCAGAUGUCUCCGCUAGUUGGAAGGAAUCUAUCCGGCAAUGGAGACCUCUUGAUGUUCGGCUACAACAGCAGCGCCAAUAUCAAUGGAAUUGCUCAAUCGUCAAGCGCUCGAAGCCGGCCCGGGCCAACAAUCACCGGCGCGAUCGAUAACCGAGCGUCGCAUAACCCUCUCGCUGGAUAUAUCAUCCAAGAUGGCUGCAUCCCUGAACCGUUAAAUCCCAUUAUCCAGAUCAUGUUCAUCCUGCAGACUAUCGGGAAGCAUUCACUUCAGCUUGGGAAGACCAUCGCCGCGCUGAAAUCUCUCCUCCUAGGCCCGUAUGCCCAUGGCGGGGCUAUCCAGCGCACCUCAACGUAUCUUGUCAUGUCGCACGAUAGCAAUGAGAUAACCUUGACCUUGAAAAACGGUCAGCUGUACCUGCGAGCACCCGCAGAAGGCAGAUCUGCCCACUUCAAGUGGAUCAAGGCCAUACUGAGUGAAGUGUUGGGCCGCUCAGAAGCAAAUAUCGGGUUUUCGUACUUCUAUGGCCGCCAUCAAGAGGAAAUUACGGUUCAUCUGCUUGGGGGAGCCAACAUGAGUCGCGACGGCACAGGAAGGGAAGGUGUAACUAAUCACCUUGGACAGGUCUUUACUGGACAUGGAAGCGAGGUACAUGAGGGUCUACUAUGCUGCGAUGCUUCGAUUAUCCCGACUGCGUUGGGUACGUUAUACAAGUUUGAUGGGCUGGCUCGUGCUGAUAGGCUAGGUGUUAACCCCCUCGCAACGAUAUCUGCUCUUGCAGAGCGAUCUCUCAGCUUGAUCACCGAGAACUCUGGAUUAUCGAUUGACCUGGAGACUAAAAAUGGUAGUCUGGAUGCUUGCAGCAAGCCAAAAGUAUCACGUUCCGACCAUCAGCUGAAUAAUGUGAAUGGCAGCAACGAAACAUCACAACCUAUCGGAUGGCAGUUUACGGAGCUUCUACGGGGCCAUAUUUCUGUUGAGCCAAACAUUAAGAGCUUUGCACUUUCCGAAACGGCAGGGAAGGGCUCAUCCUGUGCGUUGCAAAUGUUUCUUACGGUGGAAAUCUGCAAGAGGUCAAAGGAUAUUCGAGGAUCGCGGUACGAAGGCAUUUGCACUGGCACAGUGUCCUGCUUCGCAUUGUCUAGAGCCACCCUCAAAGUUCUGAGUGGCACGGUGGACUUUUUCACACAAGUGGAAGCGAGCGCAGAGUUGACAACUAUUUCAUACCACCUGCAGCUCAUCUCGGUAGAGGGCACGCAGUAUCGCCUGGAGGGACGCAAAGACAUCGACUCGAACAUAGCCUUUUCGAUCAGAAAGACUUGGGAAGCCACAACUACGGUGAAUGUUAGUAUCGCUCGACUGGACGGGACGAAGGUUGGAGCCGGUGCGCUUCACAUCUCAUUGCCUCACUUCCAAAAGCAGAUGAGGACGUUUCGGAUGACGAAAGAUUUCAACGUUGGUCUUCUCCUAUCUCUGAUGGCCUUCUUGAUCUCUUUUACGUACCAUCUCAGCAUGUUCUUCUUCCGUCCCUUCGUGCCAGUGCGGUUCCCCCACACCGGAUAUACCUCCGAUUCGAAAACCCUUCCCUCAAGCUCCUGCAAAGUCAUUGCGAGCGAUGGCGUACAGACGCUGCUUGAAAUAUACGACCCGCUCUCUCCGCUGGACCCCCUGCAUCCGGACUCAAAGCACCCACCAGUCCUGUUUCUCCCCGGAGUCACAGGCAUAGGCGCCAUCCAUAGCGUGUACGCGCUGCCAUUCCUGAGCCGCAACAUGGUCGACUAUUUCACAGCGCGCGGGCAUCGCUGCUACGCACUUGUUCCCCGCUGGGGCUGUGACGCAGCCACGGCAGAGGAGUCCACCGUGUUCGACUGCCGACUUGACGUGGCCGCCGCAUUAGAGCACAUUAACACCAGAGAACAGCAAAAACCCUAUGUCAUGGCCCAUUGUCAAGGAUCCGUGGCCCUCGGCAUGGGAUUGCUGGACGGGACUAUCGCAAGCAGCCAAGUCCUCGGCAUCACUGCGAACUCCGUGUUCAUGAACCAGGUCUUCGGCUACUGGAACUCCCUGAAAGGACGGACCACUCUGCUGAUCCGUCUCUACGAGCUGCUUGCGGGGACCUUCUUCCCGGUUGCGAGCAGCGAUAGAGACAGCGCUUUUCAAAGACUGCUGGACGCGCUCCUGCGCUUCUAUCCGUUUGCACAUCGACGGGAUGUCUGUACUUCCACAGCCUGCCGCCGCACGUCGUUUGCGUUCGGUUUGCUCUGGAACCAUGAUAAUCUUGAUGUGCAUCUCCAUGAAAACGUCCAUGAGUUCUUCGCGGGCACCCAUACCAAAUUGCUGAAACAUGUCGUGCGCAUGGGAACCCGGGGCUUCUGCUUGGAUAAUCAGCUACGUCCCCUUCUGACGGCCGAUAAUGUUCAGAGGCUACAAGGCGUACCGAUUCUGUUUAUCUCGGGCACGGAGAACGAGGUCUUCAAUCCGGAGUCGACGCUGAGGGACUAUGAGUUGUUACGGCGCCGAUUUGGCGAGCGGCUCUAUCGCCGGUUUUUGGCGGAGGGGUACGGGCAUCUUGAUCCUAUUGUUGGAAAGGCUGCUGCGGAUGAUGUGUAUUGGAGGGUUGGUGAACAUCUCGGAUGGUGUGUUAAGAAUGUCGUCUUGACAAAGGUUUAA